CGUUUCUCCGAUUGCGGAGUAGUUUGAUUACGACGAUGGCUCUGUCAAAUUCUUGUUUUAUCUAAAAUUUAUAUGCUAGAACUAAUUUAGUGGAAUGUAUUAUGUUGUUAAAAUAGUCUCGGCUUAAUUUCUAAGCAUGGCUCCAAUCCCUUUGGAGGGUGUCCAGACUCCUGUGGGAAAUAGUCUUCCCCAGGAAGGAAACCGGGGUAACUCUAUCUCCUUGACAGUCCUCAUCGAGUUUAUAAUUCAACGGACUUACCAUGAACUCACCGUUCUGGCCGAACUGUUGCCUCGUAAAACGGAUAUGGAGCGGAAAAUUGAAAUAUUCAAUUUCUCAGCAAGAACCAGGCAGCUGUUUGUCAGACUUCUUGCCCUUGUCAAGUGGGCUAACAGUGCAUCUAAAGUUGAUAAAUCAGCACAAAUAAUGGGGUAUCUAGACAAACAGUCCUUGCUGUUUGUGGAGACAGCGGACAUGCUAGCUCGUGUUGCUCGAGAAACUGUUGUCCAUGCCCGUUUGCCUAAUUUCCACAUUCCUGCAGCAAUUGAAGUAUUGACUACCGGAACUUACUCAAGGCUCCCGGCAUGCAUAAGAGAUAAGAUCGUACCGGCAGAGCCAAUCACAGCCGUAGAAAAGCGCUCCACAUUGUUGCGUUUGAAUCAAGUUAUUCAGCAUAGACUAGUGACUAGCAAUCUGCUACCGCAGAUGAGGAAUUUAAAAAUUGAAUUUGGUCGGGUUACAUUCCACGUUCAAAAUGAAUUUGAAGUUUCUUUGACAAUCAUGGGCGACGGACCAAAUAUACCCUGGCGUCUCUUAGACAUUAUCAUCCUUGUUCAAGAUAAAGAAACUGGAGAUGGUAAAUCCUUAGUUCACCCUCUACAAGUGCAAUACAUUCACCAGCUACUUCAGGCUAGAUUGGUAGAUCAUCCUAAUCCUCUGGCGGAGGUUUAUCACUGUCUACACUUUUUCUGUCAGUCGCUGCAGCUGGAGGUUCUGUAUUCUCAAACUCUGCGGCUAAUUCGUGACCGUUUAGAAGGAUUAAUUAGUGUAGAUGAAUACUUCCCUGGCAAAUGUCUGGCUGUUUCAUACUGGAGGAGGUUGACUGCAGAAGAUCCUAGAUCAGAGCUCGGUUACAAACUGACAGUAUUAGUCGAUGUGCACGAUCCAGCCAGACCACUCUCCGUUCAACAUGUACCAAACCUUAGUAGCAAAGAAAGUGAGAUCACAGAUAAAGCUAUUCGCUCAGAAUUACUGUCGAUGGAGCGGCUAUUGGUUCACACAAUUUAUGUCAGAACAAAAAGUAGACUUAUUGAUCUAAAGACAGAGCUUCAAACUAUUCUGAAAGAUGUGGAAUGCGUACUGCAAGGUUCACCAGCCAUCCUAGCUGUAAGCGUUCUCACUCCUUGUUUACGUGCUGAACAGCUACUGAUCACAGUCGACACGCACACUGGUGUGUUGCAUUGUCAUGUACCUCAACACAAGCCUCCAGUCAUCCCGGACCUACAAAACGCUCUAAAUUCAGAUCACACGAGGAUACCCUCCUUGGUUUCGGAGCUCAGGUAUUGGAUGACCCAACGGAGGUGCGAAAAAACGCUACAACAUUUACCGGUGACAGUUCAUGAAAAAUUACCGCUUUUGUUCCAUCUCGACCACCCGAUGACAAGGAUCAGUAGGCAUCGUAUGUUCAUCACUUUCCACAAACAUCCGAACGUUAUUUUGAUCGUCGAGUUGAAAGAAAAAGAAUCGUGUGCUUGCGAAGUUGAUUGUAAAUUCUACUUAGCCCUCAUGAAACACUCAGCUGUGGAUGAAGACGCUCAAGAUGAAUCAAUAGAAACGGAAAUCCCAAAAUUGUACCUUAAACUCCAAACAUUGAUCCAGCUGGAUAAUUUCCUGGCCACCCAUGGACCUUUCACUUCUGUAGAUGAGCAACAAGCUGAUAAACUUGGUGUAAAGCGCAAAAAUCCUGGUGGAAAGAUAGAAUCAAGUCCAAAGCGUACGAGACAUCCUGCUUAUUUUAUACCAGAACUGGCUCAUGUCGUUGCUCUUUGUGAUGAAAGAAUGCCGUUUGUGUCCUUGGCGCAAGAGUUAACAAACCAGAAUGUCGCUCACCAAGGUGUCCAAGGCGAGGCUUGCGCAACAACACAAGUAUUGAAGUUGUUACAGCUUCCUUCUCCAACCGGUAUUGAUUCCUCGUCAGUAGGCUGGCGAUCUCUUCUGAAGAGGAUGUUAUCCGUGUCUUUAAGGACUUGCGCUAAAGGUGCCGGUCGUUGUUGGAUGGCUGAGUUUGUUUUUUAUGGCAGUCCAGUUGUCAGUACUUACUCCAAAGAACAAGGUAUGCGACGGCCUGUUUACUUUCAGUAUGAAAUGAGCACCCCUGAAAAAACUGUCGAGCAUUUACUAAAUGACUGGGCAAGGAUCGUCCAUCUGUACACUAUUGUAGAAGAAUUAGCAGAAUAUUUUAAAACAGAUAAGUACGCUCAUAUGGCUGGAUACAUCAGCAUCAAAUCUUUUAGUUAUUGUAAAUUAGUUUUUUGUUAUGGUCCACAAAGAUUGCUAACUGCAAAUAUUCAGUGGAACACUCAAGACAAGGCAUUUUCGCUUAUUUUCGGCACUACGAAUAACGCUUUAAACCCUCACACCAUUGUUCGUGCUCAGAUGGAAGCAUUUCUGAACAGGACCCGAAAUCUUGCGCAGUUGAUUCACAUGCUAGUCCAAACAUAUCAACCUCUUCUAUCUCUGUCCAAAUUACCUACAAUGCCUCAAUUAGGCGCUCACAAUUCUCGUCCUCAAGUUCCUGUAGUAACAUUCACUGUAGUUCCGAUUUCUGCUCAAGUCGUGCGGGUGGUCUACUUAGGUUUCUACUGUCUGGAGCUACGUUUCGAAGGGGAUGAUGAGCUUACGAUUCGAGAUGGUGCUUACAGUCGAUUUGAUCGUACGAACGUCAUCAAUGACUUUCUCCCUACACCUGGAUUAAAAGCAUUUUUAUCCAAGUACAUUGUGGAAGGUGCUGCGAUGAGAAGGCACUCAAAAUCUGAAGACGAUAAUAAUCCACCAUCACCAGUCAGCGUUGACCCAACGGAGAGUAGUGGUUUACGGUUUCAGCAUCCACUGACUCCUCCAUCUGGCAGCAACCCUCACACACCUGCCAGCCCUCACCCAACAAGCAUCAGCCAGCAACAACAUCCGACUUACACAGCAAGUCCAGCCACAUCCUUCAGUUUAGCAUCGCCUCCGUCGAGUAUCAACCCAUCACCCUCGAUGUUGGCUCAUGCCUCCCCUGGCUCAGCCUUAGCACCCUCCCCCAUGCCCACCUCCUCGCCAGGACCCGGGCCCAUCGGUUUAUCACCCGCUAGUUCCUUCAUGCCUACUGGGCACAAUGACGGAAGCCCAUUCCCUUCGACAGGCCAAAACAUAGCAGCGUCUCCUGCCUCCAAUUGGCCAGGGUCUCCAAGCAUGCCUCGUUCCUCACCCGCGCGCCCUGUCCACACGGCUCUCCAUAGUCCAGAUCAUAAAACCACAGUCACCAGACAAAUUCCAACUCGGGUGGGCGUGGGCUCUGUGCCCUCCGUCUUGACCUAUGAAGCGCUUGAUGUGAUAUGCUCUCCAUCUCCUUUCCCGCAAGGUCUACCUGGACCGAGUCUAUGUCCGUUGGAAAGAUUUCUUGGCUGCGUUUACAUGCGUCGCCAUCUGCAACGGUCCAUUCAAACUGAAGAAAACGUAAGUCGAACUCUUAUCGCAGUUCCAUGUACAGAGCCAGGUGUUGUUCACUUCAAGGUGGAGACGUUGCAGUGUCGUGUCAUGCUGAAUUCGCAACAUUUGCAAUCUCUCCAUAUCAAGAUUUCUCCGACUCCAGAGCACCCAGAGCUGUGGAACGCUGAUGAUCUUCUCAUUUUAGAAAAAUUCUUUGAUACACGUGCAGCAGCUGCUCCGUACAAGCCGAACGCAAUCCUAGGAUUUGCGAGAAUGCUCAAUGUCUCCUAUAAUGUGUUGAAAGAUUUCAUUUCAAUAAUGAGAUUAGAAUUGGUUCCUGGUUUAGUGCAACAGAAUGGGUUGAAAUGGGCCGUCCAGUGGUCUCUCACAAUACCUGGCUCCGCAACACCCAUCGUUCCGACUGGAAUGGCAGCGAUCAUAAUUUGCAGAAACAAGAUACUCUUCUUUUUACAGAUCACUCGUGUUGGAGUCAACUGGGAAGCACCUUCUUUGGUGUUACCUCUUGUAUACGAUACAACAACCAACAUUACGCAGUUGGCGGAAAAGCGAGAUGCCGGCCCUGCAACAGCUGCCUCUGCUGCUAGCCUACACAUGAAGCGUUUCUCAGAAUUCAACGUUAAUCUUACCGAGUGUUCGAUCUUUCCAGCUGUCAGAGAUCUUCUAGCUAACUUCACUCUACCAUCAGAAAACUUACAGAUGGCCCAAUCUCCGUCUCAAGGACCCAGUCCAGUUGUCGGACCAAAUCAAGGACAAAUGCAUUCUCCGAUGUCAGGAGUAGUGGGUAUGCCUCCAAACCAAGUGCAAGGUCCAGGUGGAAUAGUAGGGGGACCUGGUCCCCCGCAAGGCUAUCCCGUCUCAAUGCCACCAAUGGGGCCCCCCAUGGGAACCAUGGGACCUCCCUAAUUUGUAAAUAAUACUCGUUUUCUGUUCAUAAAAUUUUAUACAAAUGUUAUUUCUUGUGUCAUAAGUAUUCCCCUGUUCUCUAUUGUAAUAUAGUACUUAAUCAUUGUUUUCUUAAAUAAAUUAUUACUGAAAUUUCAAGAUA